CGCCAACAACCCUGGACCUGACAUAAUGCCGCAAGUCGUCCGGCCACGGCCGGUUCGAUCCGUGAUGCUUCUCCUGUGCCUUUUCGCGCUGGUCGCCCCAUGCACAUGCUCUUGGCUCUCCAGGAAUCCAUUCGAAGGUGUGAAGUACGAUCUCACGGGCGGGGACGUGGACGUCUCUCCGCCAUUUGACCCGUCGUUCGACAUCCGCGACAAACACAUCCUUUUUAUCUCGGUGGGAAUUCGAGGACAUGCGACGCCGCUGCUUCGAAUAGCACAAGAUUUGGUGCGGAAAGGAUGCAACGUGAGCUUUGCCACGCACGAUUCUGGCAAGGAGUGGGUGCAACGCUCCGGGGCACGGUUCGUGUCUGCCGGCGAAUUCCCUAUCUCGGCCGAUGAACUUCGGGACAAACUGCAAGCGAUCACGCGCGAUGCGUCCAAUUUUCGAGGCAUCCUCAAUAUCUUCAACGACAUUUACAUCCCAACCGCGCAACCCAUGUUCGACGCGCUCUAUCCAGUCGUGUCAUUGGACCGGCCGCAUCUUGUCGUGGUUGACAUCGCCACCAUCGGCGGCCAUGAUCUCGUCCACAAACUCGGCCUGCCAUAUGUCGUCAACUCGCCGUCUAUUUUGUUCGACAUUGGCGGGACGCCAUCGUACGUGCCAGCGUGGGGUACGGGCUUUUCGAUCCACAUGAGUCUGUGGAACCGAUGCAUGAACUUGCUUUUUCCGCGCCUUUUGUCCGUCGCGCUCACUCCACCGUUCAUGCAGAUCAAUAAAGCGCGAUGGGAGCUGCAAUUGACGCCGUAUCGCUCUCAACACGACAUCUUCAAGGGCGCGCGGAUUCUCGUCAACACGGCGGUCGGUCUCGAAUAUCCUCGUCCACUCUCCCCUCUUGUUGAGUUGGUCGGUCCAAUCCUUCCUCUGGACGCGUUCAAUGAAUCGGCUGCGGACGCAGCACUUCCCCACCUCGUCACGCAAUGGAUGGUGGGAGAUGAUGGCCUCCAUGGAGUCAUCUACAUGUGCUUUGGGUCGCUCUCGUACAUUGAUGCGUGGCAAGCCCAAGCCAUUGUCGAAGGGCUGUCCAACCCAAAAGACCCCGCGUACAGAGUUCUAUGGACUCUUCCGAACGACCAGCGUGGCGUGCUGCCGCAGGCGCUUCCCCCAACCUUUCGAAUCAAGGUCAUGAGCUCCGCGUUUCCGCACCUGCGCGUCAUAGCCCAUCCUUCCGUGAAGCUAGUCAUAUCACACUGCGGCAUGGUGUCGGCACAAGAAUCCCUCGUGUUUGGCAAGCCCAUCCUGUGUCUGCCUUUUCUCGUAGACCAGCCGGAUGUGGCCGCCCGCGUGGUCGACGCUGGCGCCGGACUUGUUUUGGACAAGACGCACUUCACAGCAGAAGAAGUGCGGCAGAAGGUCCUCACCCUCCUCCGCAAUGCAUCCUUCGCACAGAAUGCCGUCCGAGUCGGCGCAGCUCUGCGGAGCGCCGGUGGCAUCAAACGAGUCACAGAAAUCUUGGAAUCCACCCUUCAGCACGGGACCCACCACUUGACGACUGUGGACCUCAAACUGCCGUGGCACAAAGUCGUGAUGCUCGACGUGUGGGCCGUGUAUGCUGCGCUCUUUUGCUCGUGCGUGGUAUUCAUGCGAGUUGUGGGGAUUUUACUCAUGCAAGGAGUAUAUGCUGCCGCGUAUGUGUGCACGGAAGCAUUUGGUGGGGUUGUUGGUGGGUCUUCGUCGGCUGACUUCCAGCAAAUCGACGGCUCGUCGGCUUCCAACGGGGACUCUACGUCGGCACCUCUGGAGAAGGAGAGCGAAGCCAGCAGCGCGUCGUAUGUAAAGUAGAGUACCCACCCAUCCCUUCCUUGGAUCGACAUCGCACCCACACCGCCGGUGCCGUCGUCUGUGUCGCUCCCGGUGUCAUGUGUGACAGGGGUGCAAGUGCGACCUUUUUUCAAUGGGAAAAAAAAUAUACAGAAAACGCAGGUAUAAAUUCAGAUAGGGGCACGUCGCAACGGCUGGGGGUUAUAUCUCGUUUGAUUGGCUAGAAUUUGAAAAAUAU